AAAAAAGUAAAUUGUGAAAAUAAGUUAUUGUGUACUCCCAAAGCUCUUCUCCUCGGAGAAUCCAUUUUCGGCAGCAAGCUUGAAAUGAAGGCGCUGGAGUUGAAUGUCAAAGCCAUGGCGCGAGAAAUCAACGUCGGAGGCCAAAUUUGUGUCUGCAAUCAUCAUAGGCAUCGCCGGCUGUCUUCUCAAGCGGGUUGUUCAGACAUAAUGAGAAUCUUCGGGUACCCGGAUUAAGCCAUGAAUAACAGGAAAUCUUCUCCAUGGAGUCAUUUUUAGGACCAAGUGGUCUUUUUGGUGAAUGGACGAGGCCAGUGCUGAGGUUAAGGUCGUUGGACAAGAUGACCUUGUUGCAGUUGAUGAUGGUGACCUCGAAGAGGAGAAGCCAACCACAGAGCCAUUUCUAUCUUUAGAUGAUAGGAGAUGGUUACAUCCUUCUGAAAAAUAUGGUCCUCCACUAAAGCAUGAUAUAAAGAACCAUGAUCUUCAGUUGGGUAGUAUUAGACAACCCACCCCACCUCCUAUACUGGCCCAAGUGCAAACUAAGUUACUUCAAGUAUAUCCCUACAAAGUUUCUUGGGAAAGUUCUACUUCAGAGGGUGGGCUAUCCGGUUCACGGUCGUACCAUGAUGUUCAUAUUGUGACAUUUGAUGCCUAUAUGUCGAUUAUGUUUCAGCCAGUUAAGAUGAUGGAAGAUUUUCUGAGGUUGGCACGAACGAAUACUGCAGAAGACUUGGAAACUUGUGGUGUUCUUGCUGGCUCACUUCGGGAUAAAGUAUUUCACAUUACUACACUCAUAAUUCCUAAGCAGGAGUCAACCUCAAACUCGUGCCAGACACUGAAUGAAGAAGAAAUCUUUUAUGUUCAAGACAGUCGUUCUCUAUUUACUCUUGGGUGGAUCCACACUCAUCCAACUCAAACAUGUUUUAUGUCUUCGGUUGAUCUGCACACUCAUUAUUCGUAUCAGGUCAUGUUACCGGAAGCAAUUGCAGUUGUCAUGGCUCCGACUGACACAUCAAGUCCGCAUGGUAUAUUUCGUCUUACUGAUCCCGUUGGGGUUGCUGUUAUUCGCAACUGUGAGCAACGUGGUUUCCACCCUCACGAAGAACUCGGAGACAGAAAUCCCAUUUACGAGCAGUGUUCCCAUGUUUACUUCAAUCCAAGUUUAAAGUUAGAUGUGGUGGAUUUGAGGUGAGCUUGCAAUGUACCAUUUUGUUUAUCAUAAAUAGAAGGGCAGUGUAUCAUGAAAUGACUCCUUUCCUUUUGUAUAUUCCCCCACUGAUUCUAUGAAUCUUUCAUCUGGAUUCUAUAAAUAUGUAGACUCCAUCCAAUGAAUGUACAAUCUAAACCUGGAUUCUA